AUGGCCGUCGUCGUCCAAACUGCUUCUGCUGCUGUUGCUGCGCCAAAGCAUCUCUCCGGCGAAAUUCCUUCGAGGAAGCUGACGCGGGAGGAGCUUCUCAAGACGCACAAGACGUAUCUGAAAAGGAACGAUGUGAACCCAGAUGCGCCGAGGCCCGUCAAGCAACCGGAGCUGACUGAAGCCCAAGCCGAUACACGAUGUGAGAUACCCUUGAGCGACUUGUGUGUCGAGACGCACUAUCGCGGGCGCGGGAUCAUCGUUAAGAUCAUCAGCCCGCCAUACAUGGGCGCAGGCGCCCCCGAUUCGUCUAUCCUGUCGGUCGUACCCGAGGGCUGCAUCGUCGCCGUCAAGGAGUCGUACUACAAGCACAACGGCGCCGCGCUCGACUACAUGAUCUGCGUCGAUCACCCAUCUGAUGUGGUCCUGCUGCGCGAGGAAGAACAUGAUGAAUACGACUUCGCAACGAUGCUGGCGUCACUCAACCUGCAGAGCGUCCACCUCGACUGCGGCUCGUUUUUGCGGAAGACGCGCAUUGCCGAGUCGCAGCACCACGGUCGAGGCUUGUUCGCCACUGAAGCCAUCAGAGCCGGCGAGCUGGUCUUUGUCGAGAAGGCGACACUCAUGCUCAACCAGUACGAGCCGAUGCGGGCGUCGGCUGCGCUAUACGCCAUGACUUCGUUCUUGGGCGACAUGCUAAUCAGCCGGGCGACGCGCGACAUUAUAGCGAGCGAAGAACUCUUUCAGCAGUACGUCCCCGUCAAGUCACUCCUCGACCGCAAGUCCACGCCAGCCAUACUCAACCGUCGUCGCGACGCCGUUGCAGCCGUCGAGAAGGCUUGCAACAAACGCCAGCCCGGCCGCGACGGUGUCAUAGUUAUGUCUAAUACUAUCAUACGCAACACUAACCGUCUCGCGUACCAGCUCGAGGACCUACAUGAACCCGAGGUUUAUAAUAGGCUCAUCGGCGCCCAUCGUGGCCGCAAGAAUCACGCCAAGGUAAUCAAGUACGGCCUCAAGGUGCUGCGGAACUUUGGCUUCCUCAGCGUCCUAGCGGUGGCCGACGAGGAGAUAGUAGCGGCUGAUUGGGAGCCUAUGAACAUUUACACGCGUUCAGGCGACGCCUCGCUCAUAACUUGCGCCGAAGCCGUCGAGUUUGGGUACCUCAUUGUCACGGGAUUCAAGAACGAUUCAAGCGUAAUCGAGGCACCAGAGUAG